CGGGCCGACAGCAUUCCCCGGGGCGCGCUGAGCACGACAGAGAGCACAAGUGACGGCCGUGAGUGACCUACAAACAAGCUUUACUAUCUUACUUCACCCGCGCUGCAGAUUAACACCCCAGCAGCCCCUGAAGGAGCCACGAUGCACCCCCUGGCCUGCCACCUCCCCUCCUCUCCCAAACGUGACACAUGGAGGAGGAGGGGUUGUCUGGACACCAUGAUGCAGAAAUUGCUCCACAAACUGUCUCAGAAGGAGGGAAGGUUUAGCCCCAAAGGCACCCUGAGGUGGAGGUACAGUAGGAGAGUCAGGGUCACUCUCAGGAGGUGUUGUUAGUUUGAAUCAGCGGCAGACGGGUGACAGGAGGUUUCUAACAGCUGAACUGGACAUGGUGAUAAACUGUCAGGUCAAUCUUGAAUUGUCUUCUCCAGAGCGAAGAGACAAAAGAAAGUAAGACAAGAAACACAAGGAAGAAAGAAACAAAGAGAGAUGGAUAACCAAGACCAGGGAGGAGAUACAGGAGGAGGAGGAGGGCAGACAAAUGAGAAACAAAAAGCUGAGGAGGUCGGUGAUGAGGAAAAGUGGACCAAAGAUAAACACAACAAGCUGGAGAAGGAGAGCAGCGAGAAGGAACCGGGCGGAAAGGCCAUGAAGGAGAAGCGUCGCUGUCACUGGAGAAGCGACUGGGCUCUAAACGAACGUCUGGCCAUCAACGUGUCAGGGAUGCGUUACGAGACCCAGCUCCGCACUCUGGCCCAGUUCCCCGACUCCAUGCUGGGUGACCCCAAGCGUCGCCUUCGCUAUUACGACCCCCUGCGGAACGAACUCUUCCUGGACAGGAGCCGCGCCUGCUUUGAUGCCAUUCUGUACUUCUACCAGUCCGGCGGGAGGCUGCGGAGGCCCGCCAACGUCCCUCUGGACAUGUUCCUGGAGGAGCUGCGCUUCUACGAGCUCGGGGAGGAGAUCAUCGACCGCUACAAAGCGGACGAAGGCUUCCCCAAGGAGGAGGAGAGGCCCUUACCCACCAAUGACUUGCAGCGCCGCCUCUGGAUGCUGUUUGAGUAUCCGGAGUCCUCCGGCGGAGCUCGGAUCAUCGCCAUCAUCAGCGUCAUGGUCAUUGUGAUCUCCAUUCUAAUCUUCUGCCUGGAGACUAUGCCUGAGUUCAGGAAUGAGAAGGAACUGCGUGAGAAGUUCACCACCAUACCGCACCCGACCAUAGCAAAUGAAACCAUCUUGAUCCCACCUGGCUUCACUCCCUUCCAGGACCCCUUCUUCAUUGUAGAGACCAUCUGCAUCAUCUGGUUCUCCUUUGAGCUCAUUGUGCGCUUCACCUGCGCGCCGAGCAAGAUCCACUUCUUCAAAGACGUCAUGAACACCAUCGACUUCUUCGCCAUCAUUCCCUAUUUCGUCACCCUGGGCACAGAGCUGACCAAGGACAAGGACGCACAGGCCUCCGUGUCCCUGGCCCUAAUCAGAGUCAUCAGGCUUGUGAGGGUCUUCAGGAUUUUCAAGCUCUCUCGUCACUCUAAGGGCCUCCAGAUCCUGGGCCAGACGCUGAAGGCCAGCCUCAGAGAGCUCGCCCUGCUCAUCUUCUUUCUCUUCAUCGGAGUCAUCAUCUUUUCUAGUGCCGCCUACUUUGCAGAGGUGGAUAAUCCUAACACGGCGUUCACCAGCAUCCCUGAGGCGUUCUGGUGGGCUGUCGUGUCCAUGACGACAGUCGGCUACGGGGACAUGUACCCGGUGACGGUCGGAGGGAAGCUGGUGGGCUCCAUGUGCGCCAUCGCCGGCGUGCUCACAAUCUCGUUGCCAGUUCCCGUCAUUGUGUCUAACUUCAGCUAUUUCUACCACCGCGAGAUGGAGUGCGAGGACACGACCCAGUACAAUCAUGUCUCCACGUCGGUCUGGGAAGGAGAGGACGAUGAAGAGGGCGGAAAUGAGGAAGGAGUGGACGAGGAGCAUGAACACACGGGAAAUUGUGUACUCUUGUACGGGCAAGAGAGCAGGGGUAUCCGCCCUCCGCUCAACGGGACGCUCCUGGCCGGGCUUUGUGACGGACAGGAAGGUGGGUAUCAGAGAGGGAUAAACUUCUACCUCAAAGAACCUCUGGUCACUCAGGUUUGACUGACAGGAUGGAUAGGCCUGUCCCACUGUCUUACAUCAAGGAAAAGAGAGUGCCAACAUGGAAAGACGCUGGCAGAGUGAUACAGGAGAAAAUGUUAGCAAAGACUUGCACUGUUAGAAGCUCUGAUGUGUUACAUUUGAGGCUUUUGCAUGAUUAUAUUUGACUGAUAAGCGUCUGUUUUUUUCCUCAUUAAAUAAAUAAAAUACAACCUUUAAAAGACCCUGCAGGUGUUUUGAUAAACCUUACUGCUGCCCUAUCCAGACACCUCAAAAAUCCUCUAUCAACUCAAAUUAAAAAAUAACCCACCUGCCGCACAAUAAAGUAGAUGUGAAGUUCUUUCCAAAGUUGCGACUCUGUUUUUUAAAUCCAACAAAUAUGGCAGCCAGAGUUGACAUUUGGUACCUUCCUAUCUCAAUAUAGGCAAAGGGAAAAAAGAUUAAUAUAGACAUGAAACAGAUAAAACAGGUAAUAAAGGUUUCAGGUGACGCUUCAUGCUAUGGGUCAAUAAUUUACCUAAUUUAAGAUAAGUAAACUAGGAAUUUACUGAAAGCAAAUGGUAAGCCUAAGUAAACAUUCCAACCAGUAUUCAUUUAUCAUUGGACAUUUUAUUCUCCUUAUAUAUAGACAUGUUUGCUUGCUUGUGGCCAGUUUUCUCAUAGUCAGUUGACUUGACUGAAACACUAUCUUGGAUGCAACUAAUUGGAAUUUCGUUGCUGAAAGUGUACCAACUGAACACCGUCUCUAUUUGCCUAUAAUUAAUACCAUACUACAUAGCCCUUUCAGGGAAACGUUCAAGAAAAUGACCAAGAAAUGAUUCUGUACUGAACUGUAAAAUAAACCAUUACCAAAUUAUUGAACUUCCAGCCACCGUCUUUGUUUGGCUAAACAGUAGCGCUGCAGCUAAGCUAAUGUAGGUAAAACAUCUCCUUUGUGGGCAACAGAUGGUUUAUUUUUUUCCUGGCUAGAUGGAGGAUUAUUUUAGAACUCAAAAAUGUCCUUAAAACAGAGAAAAGUGUUGUUUAAAAAUGUGUGAGGUGCCCGUCUCACUUGCAUGUUAUCAUCACUGCAAACACCUCAAAUGAAAAAAAGGGAAAUGAAAUCACCAAAAGUCAAUGUAAACUACAAACACAACUGAUGAUCCUACCGCUUCAGAGAUGUACAAAACGUAUAUAACAACGUUGUCAUAAUAUACAAUUUAUGUUGUAUGAUCCUUGUAAUGACGGUUUACUAGUGUCACUAUUGAAUGACUGAUGUGCUGAAUGCAAGAAAUUAAUUCACCGCCCAUUCAUCUGAUGGUGUUAAGUGAUCCACAGUGUCAUUAACUGUUGCUGUGAACAUACUGUAUAGGAGCUAAGUGAACAGCAAGUGUUGAUGCUUGUACUUGUCAGUUAUGGCAGAUAUGAAGCACUGUAAUCUCGCGCUGACGUUGACAACAAAGAAAUCGGUCAUUGGCUGGUGGCGGCGCAGACAGAGAUUUUGUAGUCAGUCCAAAGCCAGUUUGUAAGCUACAUCCAGCAGUGCAAUAGAUACAGCUUGGAGAGGUGUGUGGAGAAAGCUGAUAUCAGGUCACAGACCAUAUAGCUCAGAGCCAGCUGACAUUUAUACUGACUGCAGUGUCUGGAGCAACACUGUGCUCUGAUGGUCCGAGGCAAUAGUGGUAGGACUAACAAUCUUCACAGCUUUGUCCUCACGUCAAAGAGAACAACUGUCCCUCAGUUACUCUCUGCCUUAAAAUACGCAGAAUAGAUGUUAUUAAACUGAUGUUAAACAUGUACGGUUUCCUUCAGCAGACUCCCAAUAAGGUCUCAUUCAUCGUUUGGCUACCAGCUGACUUUAAGGCUGCAUACUGGACUGCUUUAUGGCAGUAUCACUUUUGCAGAAUAUUUGCAUCAGUGGGAUGAAGUAUGAAGUUUUAACAAUUCUUCAAUUUAUCUUAAAACAGCUUCUCAAAGGAAAUUCUAGAAUAAAGUAUGAUAAACUGUAAUCAAAAAGUUAUGUAUUUUGCUAAAAUAUUGAAUCUAUAUCGUUUAUCCCACUUGUUGCUUUUCCCAAAA